GUGAUCAACAUCAAAAUCACACAAUAACUCAACAACUUUACAUUUUGUAAACAAAUCAAAAAAAUUAUCGUGAACAGACAUGCAAAAUGGGCACCGAAAUUGAUAGUGCCAAUAAUGGUAUUACAUUCGAAGAUAAUUCACUAAAUUCUGAUAACAUACCACUUUUCGAAUCCAAAGAUGAUCUUACCAAGUCUCUUACAAAAGCAUUCUAUGGAGACUUAUACAUCAUUGGUCGUUUAUGGAUAGAAACACUGAAAUUCGGACUUGUCGGUGGUAAUUUCGACAUAUUCCCUAAGAUAGCAGCUGACACAGAAUCAAAUAGCAAAGAACCUCCAGGAAAACCUAAACCUAGCAGCUACAAAGAUCUCCCCCUGUACCAAGAAAGCGAAUAUGUGAAAUACAAAGACGAUUUGGAAACGAACAGAAAUUGUGAAUUGAAGUUCGCUCAAAAAGCUCUAUACCCUAUAGUGAAAGAAUACAGAAACAAGAUUCAGACCAAUAUUGGAUACGCAAAGGAUGAAAUCAAAGCCACAUACGAAGAAGUAUCAACAGACGUAGCCAAAGCAACUGAAGAUUUCAAAACAUAUAUGAGGGAUCCUGAAAAGAAGGACUUAAGGCAAGGCGUUGUAGUCUUAAGCGCAGUAGCAGGCUAUGUUUUUGCGAGAAACAAAACGUUUUUUAAAAGAGUUUUUUACACAACUUUGGGGGCUUUAGCUGGUGGGUUCCUUUGCUUUCCUGAAGACACAGACGUGAUGGUAAGGACGACUCUUUACAACUCAUCAAGGCUCGCCAUGAGGGCAUACGGUGCUUUCUGCAAGAAAGACAUGAGUUCUACCUUGAAAGAGCCAUUGGUUUGCAGAACUGACCCGAAGAAAGAGCUGGAGCCACCGCCAGUGUCGCAUCAGUGUGAUAAGAAAACAAAAGAAUGAAACAAUGAAGACGAUGAAAACUUAAAAAUUGUAGAUUCCGUGUAACGUAUUGUACACCGAUCACCAGUGUUGUCGACUUAAGUCAAUACUAAUUCGAUAGAAAAGUAAUUGGAA